AACACCCAACUAAGAUUAAUCUCAGCUAAAAUAAGUGACAGUAAUAAAAAUUACAUGUAUCUAUUAAUUUUAUUCACGGAAAUAAAGAACAUUUGUAAAAAUGUCAGUUAUGCUAACGGCGGAUUGGUUUCCGCUAGGUCGAGACACUUAUUUUAGAAAAUUUGAGAUAUAUCCACUAUCCUUCAAUUAUGAAACCAGUGCAGACAAUUUGGUUGUUGCUGCUCCUUAUGGUGGUUCAAUUGCUAUCACUCGAAAUCCAAAGAAAUUUGUCAAAAUACAAGGCUCGGCUAAAACUCUCAUUUCUCUUUAUUCGUCAUCUGGAAAUUUGAUGGCAAGAAUGCAUUGGAAUAGUGGACAAUUAGUUUCAAUGGGAUGGUCACAUCAAGAAGAGCUACUUUGUGUACAAGAAGAUGGAAUGGUUUUAAUUUAUGAUAUGUUUGGAAAUUACCAACAUACUUUUAGCAUGGGAGAUGAAGUGAAAGAAACAAAAGUUAUAGAAGCCAAAUUUUUCCCAAGUAUAAAUGGUACAGGUUUAGCUGUUCUGACAUCAGCUAAUCGUAUUUUUCUUGUUAACAAUGUAGUAGAACCUAAAGUGAGAAAAUUUACAGAUGUACCAAAAGUUGGUGGAAUAGAUAGUUGGUGCAUAGUACGUCAGGAACGUGAUUCUCAAGUAGUACUAGCAAAUCAAGAUGGGAUUCAUUUGCUUCAUCAUUCCUAUCAAACACCAAUUUCUUUGCCAUUUCAUAAAUUGUUCAAUAAUAAAGUAAAUGGAGUUAGUGCAAUAGCAGUCUCUGCAAACAGUCGGCAUAUUGCUUUAUAUACAGAUACUGGAAUGUUGUAUCUUGGUUCAAGUGAUUUCAAGGAGAAAUAUCAUGAAUACAACACAAAUAUGAAAGAUUUACUCACUGAUAUUGCAUGGUGUGGCUCAGAAGCAGUAGUUUGCUGUUGCGAUAGAAUCAUGAUGAUAUUUGGAUGUGUUAAAGGGGGAGAAACCAUAUCAUUUUCUUAUGAUGGACCUAUUCAUCUAGUCACAGAAAUAGAUUGUGUGCGAGUUUUGUCAGCUUAUUCUCACGAAAUAUUACAAAAAGUUCCUAAUGUUGUACAAAAGAUAUUUAGGAUUAAUUCAACAGAUGCUGCUUCUUAUUUAUUAGAAGCUUCCAAGCAGUUUCUCAGGAAAAGUCAUAAAGCUGAUAGCUAUAUUGAUCUAGUAAAAGAUAAAUUAGAUGCUGCAGUUACUGAUUGCAUAAACGCUGCCAGUCGUGAAUUUGAUUUUCAAACACAAAAACUUCUUAUGAGGGCUGCCAAAUUCGGUAAAGGAUUUAGUAGAACAAUCAUUCCAGAUCAUUAUGUAAAUAUGUGUAGAACGUUACGUGUUUUAAAUGCUAUAAGACAUCCAAAUAUAGGAAUACCUUUGACUUAUGUGCAAUUAAACACAUUGACACAUCCAGUGAUGCUGGAUCGGUUAGUUGCCAGAAGACAUUAUUAUUUAGGCAUUCAAAUAGCAAGGCAUCUUCAAUUAUCAGAAAUCGACGGUGAAAGUAGGAUACUUGCUCAUUGGGCUUGUUAUAAAGUAAAACAAACGGCACUCGAUAAAGAACAAAUUGCCGAAGAAAUUGCUGACAAAUUAGGAUACACCCCAGGAGUAUCGUAUAGUGAAAUUGCUAUAAGAGCGGCCGAUUGUGGACGCAAACAAUUAGCCAUUAAACUGAUUGACUACGAGCCAAAAGCUCAGCUGCAAGUUCCGUUGCUGUUGCGAUUGGGAGAAGAACAAGCGGCCCUUAAAAAAGCUGUAGAGAGUGGGAAUACAGAUCUGGUUUAUACAGUUAUUCUUCAUUUGAGAGAGCAUAUGCCUUUAUCAGAUUUUCAGAUGUCAAUUAGGCAUUGCCCAUUGGCCAUGACUCUUUAUAUUAAAUAUUGUCACAAUCAUAAUCGAGAAACGUUACGAGAUAUUCAUAAUCAGUAUGACGACUACUAUUCGCAAGCUUUAUGGUUUGUCAGAGAAAGCUAUCAGAAUCCAUCUUCAAGAGAUGCUUUAUUACAAUCUGCAUUGGACAACUUCAAACUAGCUAAAUGUGAUACAAAUGCUAAUUUGACUGACGAACAAAUCAAGCUUUUGCGAUAUCAACGUUCUUUAGAGGAAACUUUACAUGAUAAUUUGAUUGGAAAGCCACUACACGAUACUGUUAAGAUCUUACUUUUACGUAACGAAAUUAAGUUAGCCGAUAAAUUACGAUCGGAAUACAAAUUUCCGGAUCGACGAUAUUGGUGGUUACGAAUUCAAUGUUUGGCUGAACAACAAUUAUGGAGCGACUUAGAAAAGUUUUCUAAAAGUAAAAAAUCUCCUAUUGGAUACGAGCCUUUUAUUGAUGAGUGCUUAAAACAUAGCAACGAAAUGGAAGCCAAAAAAUACCUGACACGUGUGAAAGAUGAAUUGAAAGUAAAGUACUUGGUCAAAUUGAACAUGAUGUUAGAGGCUGCUCAAACUGCCUUUGCUCAUAAAGACUCUGCAGCUUUAACUUUUGUACUGGCAAAUUGCAGCAAUGAUACAAGAUUACAAGAGAAAGUUAAUGAAAUGAUUGCAACUAUAAGAAAUUAAUCAACUAU